ACCCCCACCCUGGGGGUACCUCGAACAUAACAGGAAAUUUCAAAUAACAGGAAACCAAGACCGGGCAAGGCAGCAGCUCCACCCUGCCCCGGGGCCAGCCACCCUGGGCCUCAGUCUGCCCUGGGGGACCGCAAUGAAUGCUACAGGGUCCCCAGUGAAGGCCCCUGACGCCUGCCGGCAGCUGGCGGCCAGCGGGCACAGCCAGCUCAUAAUCCUGCACUACAACCACUCCGGCCGGCUGGUGGGGCGGGCCGCGCCGGAGGACGGGGGCCUGGGGAUCCUGCAGGGGCUCUUCGUGGCCAUGAGCUGCCUGGUGGUGCUGGAGAACUUCCUGGUGCUGAUGGCCAUCGUGACCCGCAUGCGGUCCCGGCGUUGGGUCUACUACUGCCUGGUCAACAUCACCCUGAGCGACCUGCUCACCGGCUUGGCCUACCUGGUCAACGUCCUGCUGUCCGGGGCCCGCACCUUCCAGCUGGCGCCGGCCCACUGGUUCCUGCGGGAGGGCAUGCUCUUCAUGGCCCUGGCCGCAUCCACCUUCAGCCUGCUGUUCACCGCUGGCGAGCGCUUCGCCACCAUGGUGCGGCCGGUGGCCGAGAGCGGGGACACCAAGAGGGGCCGCGUCCUGGGCUUCAUCGGGCUGUGCUGGCUGCUGGCCGCCCUGCUGGGCCUGCUGCCCCUGCUGGGCUGGAACUGCGUGUGCUCCUUCCAGAGCUGCUCCAGCCUGCUCCCGCUCUACUCCAAGGCCUACAUCCUCUUCUGCGUGGUCAUCUUCGCCUGUAUCCUGGCCACCAUCAUGGUGCUCUAUGGGGCCAUCUUCCGGGUGGUGCGGGCCAAUGGGCAGAAGGCCUCGCGCCCCCCAUUCCGCCGCAAGGCCCGCCGGCUGCUCAACACGGUGCUCAUGAUCCUGGUGGCGUUCGUGGUCUGCUGGGGCCCACUCUUCGGCCUGCUGCUGGCCGACAUCUUUGGCUCCAACCUCUGGGCACAGGAGUACCUGCGGGGCAUGGACUGGAUCCUGGCGCUGGCUGUGCUGAACUCGGCGGUCAACCCGCUCAUCUACUCCUUCCGCAGCCGGGAGGUGUGCCGGGCCGUGCUGGGCUUCCUCUGCUGCGGGUGUCUCCGGCUGGGCCUGCGCGGGCCUGGGGACUGCCUGGCCCGGGCCGUUGAGGUCCAUUCCGGAGCCUCCACCACGGACAGCUCGCUGAGGCCCAGGGACAGCUUUCGGGGCUCCCGGCCGCUCAGCUUUCGGAUGCGGGAGCCCCUGACUAGCAUCUCCAGCGUGAGGAGCAUCUGAGCCACAGCUGGGGAAGAUGGUCCAGCCGCCAGGUGCAUGCCCACGCAGGCCCCGCUCCUGCCCUGGACGAGGCCCAGGAGGGGUGGGCCGGGGGCCUGGGAACAUGCAGGGAGGCACCAGGCAGGUGGAGGGAGAGGACAGAACAGGGCAGCCACCCAGGGGUCCCAAGGCCCCGUGGUCCUCCUCACAGUCCCCACGUCUGCUGAUGCCAAAGAGGCAAGCACUCAUUGGAACAGAGGGCACCCUGGAAUGGGGACAAACGGGGCGACCCUGCAUGCCCCAGUUCCUGUGUGAUUCUGGGGAAAUCCGGGCUCCGUUCUGGGCCUCAGUGGGGCUCCCAGGCAACAAGGGGCAGACUGUGGAAAUGAUGCCCUGACAACAUGGAAGUUCAAUGAUGGUAUGAGAUGUCUCCGCCUCCCUCUUAUUCACGUUUUUGCAGAGGGGGGAUGGCAUGAGGGCUGUGGGGCGGCCAGGAGCCUGCAAGGAGGCAUGUCAGUGGCCAGGGAAGGCCUUGGGUC